GUGACUCCCUGACUCUGUGACUCCGUGACUAUGAGCAACCCGGAGAAGGAGAGGACCGAAAAUGUCUUGGCUCUGACCUUGGAGAUCGUCUACCUGCUGACUGGAGAAAACUAUAUCGUUGUGAAGCGACAGAGCGUGUACACGGCAGACAGCGGUAGUCCAUGCGCGGCGGGGGUCUGCAGGACCCAGAACCAAAGCAAGGCGGCUCCGUCUCACUUGAGAAACAUUGACCAGAAGGUCCUGGAUCUGACCAACAGGAUCCUUCAGCUGCUGACUGGAGAGGUUCCUGUAAGGUGUGAUGAUGUCACCGUCCAUUUCUCUAUGGAGGAGUGGGAAUAUUUAGAGGGACACAAGGAGCUUUACGAGGACUUCAUGACGGAGAAUCCCCCGCCCCGCAGCUUGUCGGUUGAUCCAAGCGAAACCACGAAAAACAAAAUGGCGGAUGACUUUGGCACCCCGAUUCCUUCACGCUCUGUGAGCGGAGGUACAAGCGACGUCAAGACCAACCCGGCAGCCACGUACGUCAGGGCAAUCGAGCAGCAGAGACGGUGUAUGGAGGGGGAAGAGGAGGCGGCUGCUCCCGCGGAUUACAUACGGGAAGAACGUAUAUCGAUAUACGUCAACGAAGAACUCGGCUCUUGUGAAGAAGAGAGCGUCGCCGACAUUUAUGCAACCAAUGGCUACCGACCAGCAGAAGAUCCGUCUUCUACCACCGAAGGGCCAAGUAGAGUGAUUAUUCUUGACCCUGACAUAGAGACGUGCCCAGAGACGACGUAUUUCCAUGGUAACGUAGAUCCCGACCUCGAGGAAACCCACUACGGAGACGUUAGAGAAACCUACGACAGGUUUAGCGACACGUCUCACCGUGCGCUGUACUACGCGGAGGAGCCGCGCGCGCGCCUCGCCUGCGAGGAGUGCUUUUCCAGCGCGUCGGAUCUCGAGAGACACCAGGCGGCCCACAAAGGCAAGAAGCUGCGGUGCUCGCGCUGCGAGAAGUCCUUCUGCCACCGGUCCGAGCUCCUCCGGCACGAGCAGGUCCACACGGGCCAGAAGCCGUUCUCGUGCUCGGAGUGCGGAAGGAACUACACGAGCAAAUCGAACCUCCUCACGCACAUGACGCUCCACACGGGAGAGAAGCCGUACUCGUGCGCCGACUGCGAGAGACGCUUCACCAACCGCUCGCAUCUGGCCAGGCAUCGGCUGAUUCACACGGGGCAGAGGCCGUUUUCCUGCUCGGAGUGCGGGAAGUGCUUCUCCAGCAGAGGACAUCUCGUGAGGCACCAGCGCAGCCACACCGGCGAGAAGCCGUACCCUUGUUCCGUUUGCGGGAAGUGCUUCGUCGAUUACUCGGCUCUGGUCCGGCAUCAGCGGAUUCACACCGGAGACCGGCCCUUUCCGUGUUCCGUGUGCGGGAAGCGCUUCACCAGUAGCUCGCACCUGUCCGUCCACCUGCGCAUUCACACGGGAGAGAAGCCCUUCUCGUGCUCGGCGUGCGCAAAGUGCUUCUCGGAUUACUCCAGCCUGGUUAGGCAUCAGCGGACUCACACGGGAGUCUCGCCCUUCUCGUGUUCGGAAUGCGGCAAAUCCUUUAGCAGCAAAUCCAAUCUUGUUACGCACCAAAGAGUUCACGCGGGAGAAAGGGGGAGGCCCUUCUCGUGCCCUGAAUGCGGGACGCGUUUCGCCAACAAAUCCAGUCUCGUGAAACAUCAGAAGAUUCACAUGGACAACACGAUGGGUUUCCUGCACUAAUAUUGGGCAAAAACUGG